UUUCAAUUACCACCCACGACCCAAUCCGAUUUGCUCUAGUGAUAAAAGCAUGAGCUUCAGCCAUCUCCGAACUGAUGCUUGAAACCUGACUUGAACCAAUUGUGUUUUCCCAUCUCAUAUUGAAUCGAUUGAUUCAUCAAACCCAGAAACGAGCUUUUCAGAAAAUAUCCCGUUGGCCCCCUCAACAAGCAGUGAGCGGAGAGCAAGUAGGAAGGAUAUGAGUGUGUCAGAUCUGCCAAAGAAGGAGGGAAAUGUACUUAAAGGGCAUGAGGGAGCAGUAUUAGCAGCGAGGUUCAAUAAAGAUGGAAAUUAUUGCCUCAGCUGCGGGAAAGACCGAACCAUUCGACUUUGGAACCCUCACCGUGGCAUCCACAUUAAAACCUACAAGUCCCAUGGCCGUGAAGUCCGUGAUGUCCAUGUCACCUCGGACAAUUCCAAAUUAUGUUCAGGUGGUGGUGACAGACAAAUAUUCUAUUGGGAUGUGGCAUCCGGUCGAGUCAUUCGAAAAUUUCGGGGCCAUGAUGGAGGGGUGAAUGCUGUGAAGUUUAAUGAGUAUGCAUCUGUUGUAGUCUCAGCUGGAUAUGAUCAGUCAUUGCGUGCUUGGGAUUGCAGAUCUCACAGUACUGAGCCUAUUCAGAUAAUUGACUCAUUUACAGAUAGUGUAAUGUCGAUUUGUUUAACAAAGACUGAGAUUAUUGGUGGAAGUGUUGAUGGAACUGUUCGAACAUUUGACAUUCGUAUGGGAAGAGAACUAUCCGAUGACUUGGGACAACCUGUGAACUGUAUAUCUAUGUCAAAUGAUGGUAACUGCAUAUUAGCAAGCUGCUUAGAUUCAACGAUACGUCUCCUCGACAGGACUUCUGCUGAAUUACUUCAAGAAUAUAAAGGCCAUACUUGUAAGUCUUACAAAUUGGACUGCUGCCUUACCAACUCUGAUGCCCAUGUAAUUGGAGGAUCUGAGGAUGGUUCAAUCUUCUUCUGGGAUCUAGUAGAUGCAUCUGUUGUAUCCAGUAUCCGGGCACAUUUGUCAGUGGUAACGAGUGUCAGUUAUCACCCUAAGGACAACUGCAUGAUUAGUUCUUCCGUAGAUGGCACCAUUAAGGUGUGGAAGACUUGAGAAAGCAUCAAAGCAACAUUGCAGCUAAACAAUCUGGAUUAGCCAUGGGAGACCGACUCUUGUACGAUUUAAAGUAGAACCGCGCAUUCCAAGCGCCUUGUGCCGCAUCGGUAACUCUCUGAUAACAGAGUGAAUUAGUUAGGUGUUGAAUUUAGUAUGUUUUUGCAUGAUAUCUUUGAAGGAACUAAUAUGAGCCGUCAUAUUUGGAAGGGGCUUUCAUCCCUCUGUGUUCAUUACAUAUACUCAAGUGUGUUAGAAUUUACAAAUACAUAUUCACAGC